UAGAGGUAGGUUGGUACCUAAGAGUGUUCCUGUUUCGGCGGUUCAGGGGUCUAGACGGGUUACAGACAACUUUAGCACUGAAACGUCGCCUUUUAAUUGAAGCUUCUGUGUCCUUUCCGAUCCUCCCCUUCCCAUCUUCUCGUCUUUGAAAUAGUGCCACCUUUCUCCUAGGUUAGGGCAUUUUUACUACUUAUCCCCCUUCCAAUUGAUCUCUUUUCAUCUGCCUGACAUCUGCCUGACUGGUUUUGGCAGCCUCUGUAUUCACCAUGUUCAACCUCCGCCGACUUCUCGCCAGCGCCCUGCUGCUGGUGGGCGUAAGCGUUAUCUGUUUCUCCCAGACCGCGGCCGCCACCAAGGGACCUAAGAUCACCCACAAGGUCUACUUCGAUAUCACGCACGGCGAUGAGCCUCUAGGCCGAAUUGUCAUGGGUCUCUACGGCAAGACCGUCCCCAAGACUACCGAGAACUUCCGAGCCCUUGCUACCGGCGAGAAGGGCUUCGGCUACGAGGGAUCUACUUUCCACCGUGUUAUCAAGCAGUUCAUGAUCCAAGGAGGUGACUUCACCAAAGGUGACGGCACUGGUGGCAAGUCGAUCUAUGGCGAAAAGUUCCCCGACGAGAACUUCAAGCUGAAGCACUCCAAGCCGGGUCUCCUCUCUAUGGCGAACGCUGGCAAGGACACCAACGGUUCUCAGUUCUUCAUCACCACCGUUAUCACCUCGUGGCUGGAUGGCCGACACGUUGUAUUCGGUGAGGUGUUGGAGGGCAUGGACGUUGUCAAGAAGAUCGAGAACGUCCAGACCAAGCCCGGCGACAAGCCGGAGAAGGAAGUGAAGAUUGCCAAGAGCGGAGAGCUCGAGGUGCCGCCUGAAGGUAAUGAAGGAGAAUCCGAAUGGGCCUCGGGACACUCAGCCGAACAGGAACACGCCGUAGCUGACGACACCGCCAAUGUCUCCGCCGGAUGGUCCAUUUUUCAAAAGGCCCUUAUUUUCGGUGUUAUUCUCGCUGCAAUCGCUUUCUAUAUCCGUCUCUCGAAGAGAAACAGCCGAGACAACGUUGCUUACGAGAAGGUGAUAGCUUAGACAUGUGUGUGGAUGUUGAUUUACUUUUUUUCAAAUAAAAGUAUAUGGCAUAUCUAAUCAAAAAAAAUGAUCUUACUCUAA